AUGACAUCGCACCCGAAGAUCGCACUUCGUCAUAGCUCUCCUCCCCCGCCAUCAUUUUCCUCCCCUUUUCUUCCCUUUCUUGACCUUCUCCACGCGCCACUUUGUUGUAUUGGUGUGUUCUUUGCUAUUCUUGCCUUCUGGUUUGACAUUCGACCUCUGAAACACUUUGGAAAACCCUGUUUAGAUUGCGAUAUCUCCACUGUUUUCCCUCAUCCCAUUCUCUCCCCUCUUCACGACUCACGAUUCUUCAUAAUGAGUACGAUACAGAACAUCAAGAACUUUAUUCGGCAUGGCAAACAAGCCCGCCUUGUCACCCCUCAUUCCGAGCCCACGACCGAUGUUUCUACCAUCCAUGCCGAGCCUCAACGAGUACCACCCGGUCAAUACACACCCGCUCUGGAGGCCUUUGGCCCGGAAGGCCGAGAUAAUGCGAUUCAAAAACCAGACUCCCAGGCUAGAAAGGAUCGCUCCGUGGAGAUCGAACGUCUCGUGCAAGAGGAAAACGUAACUCGAUCGAAGAUGCCCCAAUACCCCGGGCUGGACCGCUGGAUCCUGGUGGAAAAGAUGGGUGACGGUGCUUUCAGCAACGUCUAUCGCGCAAAGGACUCGACUACAGUAUACGGCGAAGUCGCCAUUAAGGUUGUGCGCAAAUUCGAAAUGAACAGCAAUCAGCGUGCGAACAUCCUUAAAGAGGUCCAAAUCAUGCGCAAUCUCGAACACCCCAAUAUUGUCAAGUUGAUUGACUUCUCCGAGUCUAAGCAAUACUAUUACAUUGUGCUUGAGCUUUGUCCUGGUGGUGAAUUGUUCCACCAAAUUGUGAGAUUGACCUACUUCAGCGAGGAUCUCAGCCGACAUGUCAUUCGCCAAGUGGCUGACUCGAUCGAAUAUCUCCAUGAAACAUCUGGAGUCGUUCACCGUGAUAUCAAACCGGAAAAUCUCCUUUUCUACCCCAUUCCCCACACUCCAAGCAAGAACCCAAAGCCUCAACAACCGGGCGAUGAAGAUAAGGAAGACGAGGGCGAGUUCAUUCCAGGACAGGGCUCGGGUGGAAUUGGGAGAAUCAAGCUUGCAGACUUUGGCCUUUCCAAGGUCAUUUGGGAUAGCUCUACAAUGACACCCUGCGGUACUGUCGGAUACACGGCGCCAGAGAUCGUCAAGGAUGAGCGGUACUCUAAGAGUGUGGACAUGUGGGCUAUGGGCUGCGUUCUCUACACUCUACUUUGUGGAUUCCCUCCAUUCUACGAUGAGAGUAUUCAGGUCUUGACAGAGAAGGUUGCACGCGGGCAAUACACCUUCUUGUCUCCCUGGUGGGAUGACAUCUCCAAGUCCGCCCAGGACCUGAUUUCCCACCUCCUCACCGUGGACCCCGAGAAGCGUUACACCAUCAAGGAAUUCCUUGAUCACCCCUGGAUUCGCGGAACCGAUGAGGCAACCACCGCCGCCGCAGACGCCCCUCCCCUGGCAACUCCACACAUUCAGAACGAACAGAGCCAGCCAAAGUUCGACACGGUGAGCGCCGAGCAUGGCCCUUACCAGCCCGCCAGUGCUCGUUUCCUCGAGCAGCCGGCCGUAUCCACAGACCGUCGUAUGGACUUCCGAUCCCCGGGUGCUUUCAAUUUGCGCGAAGUGUUCGAUGUCGGUUACGCCGUGCAUAGACAAGAAGAAGAGAGCAAGCGCCGUGCCAACCAACGCCAGUCCAACCGCAGUGGCACAGCACAAUUCCAAUCCGCGCUUGGCGCACUAAACGAAGACUAUGACGAUGAGCCAGAGUAUAGCCAUCGUCUUGGUGGGCAACCACCAGCAAAGAUUGCCAAGGCUCAAGGCUCAGGCGAAAUGGCCGGCAUGGAAGCCAAACUACGAUCUACCAACCUAAGCAACCAGAGCAGUGCCGCCCAAGCACGCCAAGCACCUCACCAGCAGAAAGCGAAGCAGGGCUACGGAAUGCACGAUGCAAACGUGGCCAGUGCAGCAAAGAGCAGUAUUCGCAAGCCGAACCAGCCCUUCGAACUGACCCUGAAUGGGUCAACUUUGCUUGAAAAGCGCGGUCGUCGUCAGCCUGUGGUUUAG